GACAGAGCGCGCACUGGAUGCUGCACAGUGCUCUGUCUCCAGCUGGUUUGAACACAGCCGUGUGCGAGCCAGAGCGGCGCAGGAGGAGCUGCGGAACAAAAGCCUGUAGGCACAUCUCCCAGGAGGCUGUUCCUGGCGGGGGUGGCCAGUGGGGCCCCAGGGGGUUCCCUGAGCCGGGGCUCUGCCGCCAUGGAGCCGGUGCGGCUGCCCCGCUGAGCGCUGCCCUGGGGCGCUCUGCUCACCACCAUGCCAGCCCAGCAGAAGAAAAUCAUCUUCUGCGUCGCGGGGGUGCUGAGCUUCGCCUGCGCGCUGGGGACGGCGGCGGCCGUGGGGACGCAGCUCUGGGUGACGGGGACCAUCCUGUGCCAGACGGGAGCUCUGCUGGUCAACGCCACUGGCCAGGAGCUGGACAAGUUCAUCGGCAGGAUCCAGUACGGGCUGCUCUCCGGCGAGCGCGUGAGGCAGUGCGGGCUCGGGGGGAGACCUCUCCAGUUCUCAUUUUUUCCAGAUUUGCUCAAAAUUAUCCCUGUGAGUAUCCAUGUCAGUGUCAUUCUCUUCUGCACGGUCCUGAUCGUCUUUGCUCUGGUGGGAGCAGGUUUCUUCAUGUUCAACGCCUUUGGCAGCCCUUACGAGACCCUGCACGGCCCCGUCGGGUUGUACCUCUGGAGCUUCAUCUCCUGCUGCUGCGGCUGCCUCAUCAUGAUCCUCUUCUCUUCGGAGGUGAAGAUCCAUCGCCUUUCCGAGAAAAUCGCCAACUUCAAAGAGGGAAGUUUUACGUUCAAGACUCACAGUGAGCAGUUUGCAAACUCUUUCUGGGUCGUCCUGGUGUGCUCGCUGGUGCAGUUCCUGAACGCCGUGCUGAUACGGUUUGCGGGGUUUGAAUUUCCCUUCUCAAAAGCAAAAGACUCGGGGACAACCACUGGAGCGGUUGACCUGAUGUAUUAGGGUUACAUCAUUUCAGAAGGUUUCAAGCAGAGAGGCUCAUCGCUACUACAUUCAAGAAACACCAGAUGUACCAAUUUGUAAACUAUUAGCUCUAAAUAGUUUUUAAAAAAAAAAAAACGAAGGUUUCAAAUAAAUGUCAAUAUGGCAUAUGCAGUAAAUAAAAGACAACAUGCUGUUUGGUAAGGUCAAAAUACCCUCUCCUCCUUGGGGCAAGGCCUUAUGAAGACAUUUGCCUUUUAUUUCUAGCAGGUUAUUUGGCAAGUAGCUUGCACGAAGAAAACUGGUAACACUGACAGCAUUGAAUUGGUUCCGGAAAGUAAAAUGACUGGGUUGCAAUUGUGGCACACACAGUCACCAGCAGCUCUGCCCCGCAGCCCUUGUGAAGGCGAGGGUGCAAUGGUUACCGCACCAGGGCAGCGGAGAACACGGUACCCAGCAAAUCUACAGACAGCAGAGGAGAACAGAAGCGGCACAGGCUUCGCUCCGGACACACGCCGGGCUCCAUCCCAGAGGCACAGUGCUCAGAACAGGCACAGGGCCACAUGGACCGCGAGCGGGACAAAACCCAGACACGCCACUGACAACCGAACCCGGUGCCACGCGCCUGGCAACGCCAUUGUUUCUGUCCAUGCUGCUCUUUUAGGCUUCUAGUUUUAACGAGCCAGCCUGUAACUCUGUAACUCUGGAGUCCCCUCGUUUCCCUGUGUGAUCACCGCGGCUUGGUGCUCGUGGGUAGGAAGCUGCCCACGGCAAACAGGAUGCCAGGGAGAUGGGACACGCUCCUACACACCCGAGGGAGGAGCUGGGCUGCAGGGUGCUGGACAAACCUUCUGCAGCACAGCCCGGCAAUGAGCACUCCCCACAGAGACAGGGUGAGAGCAGGCACCUGCACGGGCACCGCACCCGCCCAAAGGCUUCCCCCACGGUCACAGGCACACAGAACCCUGCCCAGAAAACCACCUUGCAAACUCUCACCCAUCAAACAAUCCAAAUAACAAAGCCCAAACCUUCAGCAAAGGGUGACAGCGGAACAAGUACUGCAGCCAGCACGCUGCAGCUCAGCAGAGCCUGGCAAGGAGGUUCUCCAGCUCAGGGCAGGCAGGAGGCCAGAGCAGACAAACACACCAUCCCUUGCACCCUUGAGCUUCUGCAAGUCGGGUAAAUCCAGCAGAGGGCUCACCCAGGCACCGCUGAGCCAGCCCCUGAUUUACAGAGGCCAAACCAGCAUUUUCCACCAAACACCAUCUCCCCGGGUUACCUGGGUACCCUGGAUGUGAGCUGCUGCUUGCAGGACGUGGAGAUAGCACUGGGAGCACACAGGAGAGGAGGUGGAGGAGAGGGCAGCCUCUGCCUGGCCGCCCAUUUAUCUGUGGGGCCGCAGGUGAGGAGCGACCCCACCCAGGGCCAUCAGCCCCUGUGCCCAGGGCCAGCCUCGGCUGCUGGGUCGCACCUGAGAGCCGACCUCCCUGAUUUCUGUGCUGUCUUGUUACACUUUUACUGCGAAUGGCAAAACAUUGCUGGGGUUUUUGUAAAAGGUUCAUCAACUGUACCCCUAGUCCACAAACUCUUUCCCAAAGCAUCUCUGUCUCCACGUGCUGCACUGCUGGCCCUGGAUCUUAACCAUGUGUAGGAGCUCCUGCAAGUUGCCACAACUCAUUACUUCUUUCAUUAUUUUCUUCUUAAUUAAUAUGUAUAUUGUUCUUAAUGCAUAACUUGUAUUACAUCUCAUGGUAUUGUUCACUACACAGUGAAAAAUGAGGAGCAGUGUUGCAUCCUCCUUGCUCCUGGUGUUUCAUGACUCUGCUCCGCAGCUCUGUGCCGGCUCUGGCAGUCGGCGGCGUACAGGACCGGACACCCCGCAUCCCGCCGCGCUCACCAGCACGAGGCUGGCCCUUCUUUUCGUUUAUAUCCAGCUCCUGAGGUAUACAUAACAACUUCUUGCUAACAAAACAGAACUGAGACAAUAUUUGUGUCUGACCAGCUGAAAGUAACAGAGCCAGCACGAGCUGCUCAGCUCCGCUGCUGGGUGAGCACAGCGCGGACCUGUCACCGCUGUAACCCAUGAGCAUCAGCUAAACAAGUGUCACCCUGUUUCAUUUCCAGUGUAUUUCAUUCUUUAAAAAACAAGAACAUUUGUAUGGUGAGGAGAAAUAUAUAAGUACAUUUUGAAGUUUCUUGAAAAUAAUAAGUUUUUUCGUACCCCAUAAA